AUGUCUCACCCACCAACAUCCAUGUUAGAGCCUGAAAAUGAUCACCCUCUGAUAAUUCCUACACACAAUCUCAAUGAAGAUGAGGAAGAGGAGGAGAAAGAGGGAAGUCAGAUUGUUUCUGUUUCAGAAAUGAGUGGGACCACACAGCCCACUGAGGAGUCCCGUCCAGGGUCGGCAGGUCCAGCUGGAGCAUCUGCCUGGAGAGUGGGCGGGGCCUUGCUCUCUGAGCUGGACUCUGAGGAGGUGAGUGUGAGUCAGCACGGUGCCUCUGAGCUCAGUGCCCCUGGGGUUCUGGAGGGCACUGAGAGCAUGGAUGAUCUGGGGGAGGGCAGUCUUAAGGGGGCCAUGGACAUGGAGGGGGCCUCAGCUGGGUCUCCUGACUUUGAAAGGGUUCCUGAGAUACCAGUGAACUAUGAUGAAGAUGAUGAAGAUGAAGAUGACAAUGACAAUGAUCGUGUUUGUGAUAUGGAUGUGGGAUCUGAGCGAGCAGAUGAACCCCAGAGACAUGACAAUGAUGUGGAUGAUGAGGAGGAUGAAGAUGUGGAGAUGGCCAGUGAGGGUGUGACUGAGAGUGGCCUGGAGAGCUACGGAAACGCAGAUGAAGAUGACUUUGCUGAGGAUGAAAGACUGGACAAUCUGAACAGAGUCGCUCAGCCCCCACCCCCUCCUCCUCUGCUGCCUUCAGCUCCUGCUGCGCAAUGGGAUCAGCCCAAUCCUUUCUCUGACCCAUGGGCCAAGCCUGUCCUACAGCAGCCUCAACCUGGGGCAGAGGGGACAGAAGCAGAGAGUCCUCUGACUGACCCCUGUCAAGGAGACUCUGAGACCCCAACACAAGAGUCAGCUCAGGCCUGGCUUGAACUUGGCUCUGCAACAGUCACUAAUGAAAACCAAGAGGAUCUAUACACUCGACCUGGCAAAAACGAACAACAGACUCCUGAGCUCCAAAUGCUUUCUGCUGAGGCCGCAUUGUUUGUACCUGCAUCUUGUGCCCAGGGGUCUUCUCCAUUGAGAACCUUCAGCAGUGGGACUAGCUCUCCUGAAGAACCUAAAGAGAAGGGGCCUUUGCCUUCUCCACAGCCUGAGCUUGCACACAGAGAGGAGGCUGAGUGUACACCUGCACACCAGCUCCUGGCCUCUAAUGCCCCUGGCUCCAACCCCUCCUCCUCUUCAGUGACAGAGGAUGAGGCCAGUGACACGGAGGGUGAGGCUCAACUGGAGGACUCUCUAGAAACUCCUGUCAUUUGCAACGUGACUUUUGACACCCAGACCCACAGCACACGCUGCCUGUCCACAGUAGAGGAGGGGGAGGAGCCGGAGGACAGUGGCGCAGCGGAAGAUGCCACACCUCCAUCAGCUACCUCGCAGGUGUCCUAUGGCUUCGACACAAACACCUCAGCAUCCAACUCCAAUGCUCAGUCUACUGGGGAGAGCUGUGUGAAAAGCCCUGGCAUCUUCUCUCUGGAGGAGCUGCCUGAGGAGGUCAAAGAGCCACCUCUGACUCACUUGUCUCCAGCUCCACCCAGUCUGUCCGAUCAACCCUACAUUGAGUGUGGGAAAGACCAUGAGGACUAUGAGAAGGCUGUAGAAAACAAAACGGCAAGUCCAGACAAAGUUUUUGCCCCCUCACCUGAGCCCCAACAAGUAGAACAGAUACAUCCUCUAGAUGACCUCCAGCCUCCAUACUAUUCAGCCAUUUGUGAAAAGACUGAGAAUUUUGCAGGCUUCACUUCACUACUGCACCCACAGCGCCGGGAUCACUCUUCAUACCCACGCACCUACUGUGACAUUGUCAAACCCGUCAAUGCUGCGCUCGCAUCUCCAAAGCUGAGCUGCACUGACCUCCCACCCCGGAGCCCCAAACAGCAGUCCCUCAGUCCACAGCUCCGCCGCCUCGAGCAGCACCAACGCCAUCUGCAGGAACUACAACAGCGCCGCGAGCAACAGAGCAGACCCAUGGAGGAGGCAGAGCAGGAGAGGAAAAGGAGGGAGGAGGAGGAAGAGAGGAAAAAGAAGGAUGAAGCAGAAGAGGAAAUUAAGAGGAAUAAGGAGGAGCAGGAGAGGAGGCUACGAGAGCAAGAAGAGGCCAAAAAACAAGAACUACUCCAGAGGAAAGAGCUGGAGCUGCAGCUGCACCAGCAACAGGAGGAGCUCAAACAACGGCAACAGAUCAUACAGUGGCAACAGGAACUAGAGGAGUCCAAUAAAGGACAACCAUUACUGCUGUCACCCUCCUCUGGACUCUGCACAAUCUACGAGGCACUGGAACAUGACGAUGAGGAGGACGCAAAGCGCGAGGAUGAGAUUGUAAAUGAGCUAAACUCUGUCACAGAUGAGAGCUCCGAGGCCUGUCGGGAGGUGGACAGUGACUGUGGGAGGGUUACUCCAGAAACACAGAGCACCCACUGUUCCCCACCUCCACAGAAUGCGCAACAGAAACUGAGGAGUACUACUGAGAAUGGGGGCGACGACUCUACCCCGCCAGAGUCCCCUGACAGACCUUUACCCCUGGAGCUGGAGUGGGGAAAGAAAGUGGACAUUGUGCAUCAGUUGAUCAAUCAGACUCUGCUGUUGAAUGGGGAUGGGUGCUCACCUUUGCUGCUUCUUCCUGGUGGAGCGGGUGGGACUCUGAGCCCUCUGGAGAGUAGCCUGUGGCCCAGCCUGCUGCCUCCCCUUACCCCUCCUUCUGCCACUGUCACCUCUGUGAGCAGUUUUUCCCCCGAAACAACCGGCACCUCAUCACAGGGGGAGUGGACAGUGGUGGAGCUGGAGACACAUCACUAAUGAAAAUUAUGGUAGAAUACUCAUUCACAUCCUAUAUUCUGUUAUAAAGCACAUGCACAGGGUAAUCAUAACACACUGUAAAAUGGCACACAUCAGCAGAUAACAUUGACCUGGAAAAGUCAGACUGGAAACUACAUGCA